AUGCAGGGCACCGACGUGCUCAACAAUGUAGAGUCCGUGAAUAUUGCCAAGUUCAUCGCAAAUUACCAGAACGAGCCUUUUCAUCCGUUCUUCGACCCUUUCAGGAAAGAGAUUGAAGACUUUUCGAGACGCUCCCUCGAGCUGGCGAGCAAAGUCUUCACCCUCUUCUCAAUCAUCCUCGAGCUCCCCGAAGACUACUUCUCCUCCCGCCACGCCUACGAGUCCCCUAGCGAAGAUCAUCUCCGCUAUAUGGGCUAUCAUCCGCGACCCCUUGCUGACGACCUCAAAGUCGCAAAUACCUGGUCACGGGCCCACACUGACUUUGGUUCCUUGACGCUGCUUUGGAGCCAGGAUGUUGCGGGCCUACAGAUCAAGACUGCGGCGGGUGACUGGCGCUAUGUGCCGCCCAUCGACGGCGGAAUCGUCUGUAACGUUGGCGACACGCUCGAUUUCUGGUCUGCGGGCUACCUCAAGUCCACCACACACCGCGUAGUGAGGCCGCCCGAGGACCAGGCUCACCUAUUUCGCCAGGGUUUGUUUUACUUUGUGAGGCCUGGUGACGACGUCGACAUCAAACCAGCGCCGUCGCCAUUAUUAAAGAGGCUCGGGCUGGUAAGGGAAGAUGCCGAGGACGCUGAGCCAGUGAGGGGGCUGCAGUAUGUUAGAGAGCGGGUGAAGAACUACCAUGAUCAUAACGACUACGCAGACAUGAAGGGCAAGAAAUUCAAAGUCGGCAACUUGGAAAUUGAGGACGAGGCACAUUGA